AUGCCCUCCCCCAGCGACUCCAGCCGCUCUCUGACCGCCCGCCCGGCUCGCAGCCUCACUCAGCUCCGCGUCCAGAAGACCUGGCUACAGAUCCUGCUGGUGCUGGGCUUCAUCCAAGUGAUCCUGGGCGUCUUGAUUGUCACCUUCAGCCUGGUGGCGGCCACCAUCACGCCCUCCACCAAGAUCCGCCACUCCUGCCCGUCCUGGGCCGGCUUCUCGCUGGCGCUGUCUGGACUUGUUGGCAUCGUCUCCUGGAAGCGGCCACUCACUCUGGUGAUCACCUUCUUCACGCUGCUGUCGGUGCUGGGCGUGAUGCUGAGCCUCGCUGGGUCCAUCCUGUCCUGCCAGAACGCGCAGCUGGUGAAGUCCCUGGAGGCCUGUGAGAGGGAGAGGGACUCCUGUGUCUGCUGCCAGAUCCGCUCAGAGCCUCCCCCCUCCUCCUGCAGCCACCAGGGCGAGAUGCUGACCAUGUUCCCCAGCCCCAACUGCCGGAGCAUCCAAGUAGCACUCAAGGACCUCCUCUUCAGCGUCUGUGGCUUGACCACCUUCUCCACCAUCAUCUGCAGUCUCUCUGCUGUUGUGUGCUGCAUCCAGAUCUUCUCCCUUGACAUUGUCCACGUGCUGGUCCCUCAGCGCUCAAGCUCUGUGACCCUGGAAUGCACGUCCCCACCUGAUACCUUCCUGCAGAGCAUGAUGGACUUUGAGGAGUUUGUGCCCCCAGUGCCACCGCCUCCCUACUACCCACCUGAGUACACCUGCAGCUCUGAGACCGAUGCACAAAGCAUCACCUACAACGGCUCCAUGGACAGCCCUGUGCCCCUCUACCCAACAGACUUCCCCCCUUCCUACGAGACUGUGAUGGGGCUGCGGGGAGACAGCCAGGCCACCCUGUUUGACUCACAGCUGACAGAUGGAUCUCACGCCUGUACCUGUGACCGUGUCCCCUCCAUCGUACUCAGUGGAGAAGUGUCCAUGGACAGCGGGUCCCUGAUGAUGUCUGAGAUCAUGGACAUCCCCGGGGACAGCAGCCCCUCGGAGGACUCCUGCCUGCUGGAGCUGCAGGGCUCCAUGCGCUCGGUCGACUUCGUCCUGUUCCGCUCCAUCCAGCGCAGCCGCGCGGACUACUGCCUGAGCGUGGACUGCGUGCGGUGCAGCCACCACGCACACAGCCCCACGCUGGGCUUGCAGGGCCCCUUCGAGGAGACCCCUCCCCAGCCCCGCGUGCGGGGGGAGCGCUCCUACUCCUGCUCCACGGCAGAGCCCGGGCACGACGGCGUCUUGGUGGGGGGAGCCGUCACCCACAGCUGCAACCGCCUGGAGGGGCUGUCCCGCUGCGUGGGUCCCUGCUUCCCCGAGGUGCGGCUGAAGGAGAAGGGCUCGCUGCAGGGAGGUGGAGGAGGCCCCUCCAGGGGGCCUGGCACCGGGCGCCACUCCCAGGGGCGGCGCAACAGUGAGACCUCCUGCCCCUCAUCCCCGGCCCCGGGACUGAGCCAGCGCCCGCUGGUGAGGUCGCACAGUGACCCCGGAGUGCUGACUGCUGCUCAUGCUGCAGAUUUCAGGGAAGUACUUUAUACCAAAGCACUGGAGGAUGUUGCGUCCGACUCCUCUGCGGAUACAGGGCUGUGCUCAGAGGCCUGCCACCUUCACCGUUCCCACUGUGACUCUCCCCUGCUGCUCCGGGCCAGCUCGGUGGGGAAGAGCAAACUGCUGCCCUCCAAGAAGGUGACACAGCAGCUGUCAAAGACCACGACUCGCUCCCUGGGGGACCUCAAGGUUUGCCGGGGCACCCGUGGGCUGGUGGCCAGGUUCUUGCAGAGACCCAAGCGCAGCCCAGCAGCUGGCGUGGUGGAGGUGCCUGGGCACAGCUCCCAGGGACACAAGCAGGUUCCCUGGAGCCCCUGGCUGGGAGCGGAGCGGCCCCACGAAGGCAUCCACCUGCAGAGCUGCGGGGACCUGAGCUCCACCUCCUCCCUGCGCCGACUCCUGUCCAGCCGCCGGCUGGAGCGCAGCCGCCCCCGGAGCCUCAGCGGCGCCUGCAAGGAGAGUGCUGUCUGA